UUUUCGUUGGAAUUUUGUUGCGAAUGUUCGUCUCGUAAUAAAAAAUAAAUAAAAUUAUAUUUAACUCCUACCAGACACAACAUAUGAGUUAAAUAUAAAAUUAUAAUCCGGAGAGUAACAUUUAUAUACUUUCCCAAGGAUUAUUUGCACGUUGUAUCAUCGAAAAUGGGACCUCCUAAGAAAUUCAAAAAGUAUGACUCUAAACCUGGAAGUGACAGAUCAGGUAAGAAAAAGAAAGUGGAAGAAGAUAUGACUAUAGACCUGGUGGAUGAUGAAAAUACUGAGAAUGUUGGAGUGCCCGGAGCUGCUAUGCAGGAUGCUGAAAAGAAUGACCAAGUUCCUGAUGAUGAAUUUGGAGCAAAAGAUUACAGGAACCAAAUGGAACUGAAGCCAGAUAAUGCAAGUCGUCCCUUAUGGGUGGCACCAAACGGUCACAUAUUUCUUGAAGCAUUUUCUCCAGUUUACAAACAUGCACAUGACUUUCUGAUUGCAAUAGCAGAACCAGUUUGCAGGCCUCAACACAUUCAUGAAUACAAAUUGACAGCUUACAGUCUGUAUGCAGCUGUGUCUGUAGGGUUACAGACCGGUGACAUCGUAGAGUACCUGCAAAGGCUCAGCAAGUGCACGGUGCCUGCUGGAAUCAUAGAAUUUAUCCAACUUUGUACAUUAUCUUAUGGGAAAGUGAAGCUUGUUCUUAAACACAACAGGUAUCUAGUUGAGAGCAAACAUGUUGAAGUGUUACAGAAGUUACUCAAAGACCCUGUAAUACAACAGUGUAGGUUACGUAGGGAUGGUGAUGAGGAUUUUCUAGCGUCUGCACUACCCAACAAAACAGCAACGGCCGCUGUACCCGGUGGUGCCAAGCCAGCUGAUGACAAACCAGCUGCAAAUGGCACAGUACCAGAUGACAUCAGUCAAUUUUAUCAACAGCUUGACAAAGACGAUGAUGAUGAUGAAACCACUGACAUUGUAGCAAACACAGCAGUCGCUUUUGAAGUAGAUCCUGACAAAAUUGAGGUAAUACAAAAAAGAUGUAUUGAACUGGAACAUCCGUUACUAGCAGAAUACGAUUUUCGUAAUGAUUCUGUAAAUCCGGAUAUCAAUAUUGAUCUGAAACCGACAGCUGUGCUUCGUCCCUACCAAGAGAAGAGUUUGAGGAAAAUGUUCGGCAAUGGUAGAGCAAGGUCGGGCGUGAUCGUGCUGCCGUGCGGCGCGGGCAAGUCGCUGGUGGGCGUGACGGCGGUGUGCACGGUGCGCAAGCGCGCGCUCGUGCUGUGCAACUCCGGCGUGUCGGUGGAGCAGUGGAAGCAGCAGUUCAAGUGCUGGUCCACGGCCGACGACAGCAUGAUCUGCAGGUUCACAUCAGAAGCGAAAGACAAGCCAAUGGGGGCGGGCAUUCUAAUCACCACGUAUUCCAUGAUCACGCACGGCCAGCGGCGUUCUUGGGAAGCGGAACAGACCAUGAAGUGGCUGCAGGCGCAGGAGUGGGGACUGGUGGUGCUGGACGAGGUGCACACCAUCCCCGCCAAGAUGUUCCGCCGCGUGCUCACUAUCGUGCACUCGCACGCCAAACUCGGUCUUACUGCAACGCUCCUUCGUGAGGACGACAAAAUCGCUGAUCUGAACUUCUUGAUCGGACCGAAGUUGUACGAAGCUAACUGGUUGGAGCUGCAGGCUAAUGGAUAUAUCGCGCGUGUGCAGUGCGCUGAAGUGUGGUGCCCUAUGACUCCAGAGUUCUACCGCGAGUACCUAAUACAAAAGAUCAACAAGAAAAUGCUGCUAUACGUGAUGAACCCAUCAAAAUUCCGCGCCUGCCAAUUUCUGGUCCGCUACCACGAGAGGCGCGGCGACAAAACCAUCGUAUUUUCCGACAACGUAUUCGCACUUCGGCACUACGCCGUCAAAAUGAACAAGCCCUAUAUCUACGGGCCUACGUCACAGAGUGAGCGGAUACAGAUCCUUCAAAACUUCAAGUUCAACCCGAAAGUGAACACGAUAUUCGUCAGUAAAGUGGCGGACACGAGUUUCGAUCUGCCCGAGGCAAACGUGUUGAUUCAGAUCUCUUCGCACGGCGGGUCCAGGCGACAGGAGGCACAGAGAUUGGGUCGAAUCUUGAGAGCGAAAAAAGGCGCCUUAGCAGAGGAAUAUAAUGCCUUCUUCUAUACUUUGGUAUCCCAGGACACAUUAGAAAUGGCGUACAGUCGUAAGCGACAGCGGUUCUUGGUCAACCAAGGGUACAGUUACAAGGUAAUAACAGAAUUGAAAGGAAUGGAGCAAGAGCCAGAUAUGUUUUAUGGAUCACGCGAAGAGCAAGGGAUGCUGUUGCAACAAGUGCUAGCAGCGUCCGAGACCGACUGCGAGGACGAGCGCGAGGGUGGCCCAGGUGGCGUGGGAGGGACGGCGAGACGUGGCGGCGCCCUGUCAUCGCUGGCCGGCGCCGACGACGCGCUGUACUUAGAGCACCGGCGCGGGCCCGCCAACAAGCACCCGCUUUUCAAAAAGUUCCGCUGCUAGGCGCCCGGCAACCGGCACACGUGACUUCAUAAGUAAAACGGAGAACGAGAACGGUGUGCCGGAGUGGGCAAUAGUAGAAUUGCAGGGGUUGGUCCAAAUGAAGGAAUCUUCGGGCGGCGCGGC